AAAUCUUAUUGCUCUUUAGAAAUCAGUAGUAUAUAUAGUUUCGGAAUGUCUGACUUAAAACGAAAGGGUAAGGCUUUCUAUAAAGGGUAUUCUAAAAAAAGAAGAUGGAAGGAAGAGCUUCGACCUGGCCUUGCUGGUGUCCUUAUAACAUGUGAUGGACGUGAAAGAAAUGCUGUUGCUGAAGCAUAUCGUUUACUUAAUGAAUACGCUGAUGCAAAAUAUGGUCCAGAAAAACAUGCUGAAGAAGACUCUGAUGAUUCUAAUGAAUUGGAUAUUGAGGAGGCUUUAAAGAAAGAGGUGGCAGAUAUCAAAGAGUCAAACAAGAUGGGAACAGAAAGAAGAUUUCAAACUGUUGAAAACAAAGCAAAAAAUGUCAUUUUCAUCAGAACAGCCAGCACAAUUAAUCCAUUUGAACUUGUGCACAAUAUUUUCAAUGAUAUUCUCUGUUCAGAAGUUAGAAAGAGUAAAUUCUGUUUACGAUUUUUGCCUGUUUUGAAAACGUGUUAUGCUAAAGUGGAUGAAAUUGUUAAAGCUUCAAAACCGAUUAUAGAGGAAUAUUUUCAUAGCAUUUCAGAUCCAUUUACAUAUUGCAUCAUGUGGAAAACUAGAUGUAAUAAUCAGAUCAAACGUGAUGAUGUUAUUUUAAGGCUUGUGGAUGUGAUUUGUGAGAAGGAGUGUGGCCAUGAAACAGAAUACAAACAUCCUGAUGUUAUUUUGAAUAUAGAUAUCAUUGGAAAUAUAUGCUGUCUGGGCAUUCUACGAAAUUAUCAAAAGUUUAGAAAAUAUAACUUGGAUAUGCUGCUCAAGGAAACAGUCGUUGCAGAUGAAAGUGUGAAAACAGAAAAUAAAGAUGAUGUGAAAAAGGAAAUUCAAGAUGAUGGAGAAAAAGAAGUUAAAAUUGAUGCGAAAACAGGAGCUGAUAUAAAAAUUAAAAGCAUGUGUAAUGUGGAAAAAGCUGAUCAAGAUAAAGUUAAGAAAGAAGAUGAAGUUAAGAAAAUGGAAAACGAUGUGAAAACACAACUUUUAGUGGAAUCUCAAGCAAAAAACAAUUCUGAAUGCACUCAGCAACAGGAUCAUAUAGAAAACAAAAACACAGUUGACAAAGCUGGUAUAGAAGAAAUGAAACAAGAGUGAUAUAAAACAUGUCUAAGCUUUAUUAAACUGUGUUUUAACUUUUGUAUAUGUUUAUAACCUAGCCCAGAUCAAACUAACCAUGUUACAAAUUAAA